CCGAGCCCACAAGACCCGUUCCCAUGAACGCGUAACUCUAGCUGCCACAUGUCUCUGGUGUGUUUUUCCAAGAUUAUUGACCCUGGCAGUUUGUAGUCUUUCACUAUGGGGACCGGAGCCAGCAAGAAGACCAAGAAGACGGACAAGGACGACAAUGAACCACCAACAUUCACAAUUGCCCAAGCGAGUGCACCGCCAUACAAUCCUGAAUGUCCACCACAAGGAUUACCACCUCAGCAUCCACAACCACAUCCCACACACCUGUACCCAGGGGGACAGCCACCGGGCACGUACUGUCAGGCAUGCGCAGCAUCAAGUCGCGAUGGUGAAACGUACGGCCCAAACGAGUAUUUUCUAGAAACUCCAUCGAUCGAAGUACUUCGUACCAAAGAGCACCAAGUCAAUGAGGAAGCCUUGAGGAAGUACUUUUCUAGCAACAAGAAGUCCCAUGGUGGCCAAAUCGCGUCCAUGGCCGAGGAUGACGACUGCUUUGUAAUCAACUUUGAGAACUUCGAUGUUGCUCGUGAAGUGUUAUCUCAUUCUCAUGAGCUGGACGGAACACAGCUGCACGUUCGGAAUCGUAAGAGCCCAACAAUUGAAGUUAUCACAGAUGGAACUAUCGCCGAGGAUCGCCUCAAGACUUACUUCGAAAACAGGCGUAAUGGUGGAGGUCCCAUUGAUGGGACAAUCAAGAAAACCCCUCAAGGAGUAUUCUAUAUCACGUUCAAAAAUAAACGAGCUGCCAUCGAUGUAGUCCAGAAACCCUCACAUUCGAUCGAUGGAAAAGAAGUUGCAGUCGCGGAGAAGUUAAGCCUUAUUGAUCGCAGAAGCCUUCUGAUAAAGGGCAUCCCAGCAGGCUGCAGCCGUGGCCAUCUUAGAGACUACUUAGAAGGCAAAGAUUCCAAAGGCACACUCCAUAUAGCUGGGGUAUAUCUUGGCGAUGAUGAGUCUGUGGCAGUCGUGUCUCUGUUCCAUGACAUAGAUGGGGAAACAAGGCAUGAAAUAGGAACGAAAGCCAAACAGGGUGACCUAGCUGUCUCCGUCAGCCCCAUGGUCGUGACCAGGAGUGUGCAGCUGUCUGGGAUCACCAAGCAGUCUGGGAUCACACGGGAUCUUCUUCUCAACUACUUCGAGAACACCGAAAGAAGCGGUGGGGGUAAGGUGCUGGACAUCAACAUGGACAAGAAGAAGGGAACGGCUAUCAUAAGUUUCAAAGAUCCGGCAGUCGUCCAGAGAGUCGUGCAGAAACCAUUUCACCAGUUUGACUGCGGGAGUGUCUCUGUGUGUCCGCACUUUAGUGCACUCGGCACUGUAACCGACACCGAUUUCUUAACAUCGUCUAAGACCCCAUUCGACCCUGACGUUCAUCGGGUCAUAAAACGCAAUGAACUAAACUUGGUUGAUAUUCAGCCGUCAAAGCUACGCCUGUUGGAGAAACAACUUCUGAGCAUUAAGGCAGAGUUCCCAAACGUUGACGUCGAUAUCGACCAUGAUCAUCACAAAAUCACCAUCGACGGGGUGGAUCACGAAACGACGCAAGCGCGCGACAAUCUCAAUGAGAAGUUGCAAGAGUUCAAGGAGUAUAGAUGGUCAAUAUCCGACGAACUACAGUAUAUUCUCUCCAGAGAUAAUGCGAAGAAAGUCAUUGAAAGGGUUUUUGCGGAGGCAAACGUGCAGAACGGCGCCCUCUUUUCUGUAGAAAAUAACGAAGUGUUAAUUGUAGGUGUGGACAAAAGCACCGUCAGGAUCGCAGAAAGUUGUGUUAGAUCUACAUUCAAAGAAACUAGUAGGAACAUUCCUAAACAAAUCCUGAUACUCAGUGACUGGGAUCAUUUCGUAAAAAGGAGUAACGAUGGUGCAAAGAACAAUGCCAAAAUAUCAUACGACAAAACGUCGGGUAAGGUUAAAAUUGUGGGCCUUAUUCGUGAAGUUGGCGAUAUUGAUGGGAAGUUGGAAGAGUUCUUGAAGCAGCAUUCUUUUGAAACGUCCUUUGUUGAUUUAGAAAGACCAAUUGUCUACGUUCUGGUAAAACGACAGAAGGAUCAACUGAGAAAGAUUGAACUUGACAAUGACGUUUCGAUUGAUGAUAUGGGAACAAGAUUCAAGAUACAAGGACCUAAAGAUAGAAUGAAGAAGGUGUCGGAUGAAAUCAAGGGUCUUGCAUCAAAGGUUAUAGAGACUACAGCGCAGUACAAGAAACCAGGGCUUGCAAAGCUGUUCAAUGACGACACAUUCAAGAAGCUUUUAAAGGGGAUAGAAGAGAACAAGAGUUGCGCACUACGGUGGGACUGUGAGACCUGGACACCGUCACCAAGAGGGAAAGCAACACUAAAAGGCCUGCGGCCCUCCAAACCAUCUCCUGACCAUGGUGGUCCGAAGAUUGGACAUAUCUCUGUACAUAUUGAGCAAGGCAACAUCGAGUCAGAGACAGCGGAUGUGAUUGUUAACCCCGUCACCGACAACUCAGCCUUUACAGUUGUCGGUGAUGCCCUUUCAAAAGCUGGAGGUCCAUCUGUCAAGGGCAACUUCAAUUCGGAUUGGAGCAAAAGGCUCAACGGCGUUGUUCUAUCAGACGCAGGUACACUACAGUGUAAAAAGGUUGCCCAUAUGGAGCUUCCUCCAAAGCAUAAGCUAAAGGAUGCAGUCUGCCAGUGUCUUGUCCUCAGUACACAAGCCGGAAUGACAUCAAUUGCAUUUCCUGCGAUUGGGACAGGCAACUACGGGAUGACAUCCAUCGAGUCAGCCAAAGCAAUCCGAGAUGGCAUUGAGCAGUUCAUCCACCAGAACCCGAAUUCCAGCCUGAAACACGUCAAACUCACCAUUUUCCUCCAGAAGAUGGUCAGAGACUACGAGGCUGAAUUCCGUUCCCCUAUGGACACCUCUUCUGCCGCAGUACAUGCAGGUAUAACAACGCCAUCCCCGGGUCAACAAGAGAUGAGCUUUGGUUCCAUCAAAAUGCAGGUUCAACAAGGCGAUAUCUGUAAAGAGGGAACAGACGUUCUUGUCAGCGCUAUUCUCAAGGAUAUGAAGUUUACAGCGGUAACAAAUGCCCUUGUAAAAGCAGGAGGACAGUCAAUUGCUGAUGAGCUAAAGAUAGCAUGGCCAAACCGUACCGGCAAAGUGGUUUUCACAGGCGCCGGAACACUUCCAAGCAAAAAGGUCGCCCACAUGGUAUUACCAAGCUCCUCUGAGCUCAUGGACUCAGUAGUAUCCUGUCUUAGGACUGCUGACCAACUAGGAAUGACGUCCAUAGCGUUUCCAGCAAUAGGAACAGGUGGCACAAUGUCUCAGGUUGAAAGUGCAAGUGGGAUUUAUAGUGGGGUCCAGGAGUUCAGCUCACAAUGCAACCCAAAGAGCUUACAACUUGUGCGGGUCACCGUCUUCGACAAUAAAACGUUGGGACCCUUCCACUCAACGAUGCAACAGUACACCACAACAAGCCAUAUUCCUCGGGCACCUUUAUGUCAGAUUGGUUCUGUUGCUGUGGAAAUACAACAUGGGGACCUAGCUAAGGAGACAACAGACGCCAUCGUCAAUCCUGUUAAUACCGAUGGAGGAUUCUUUGCUGUUGGCAAUGCCCUCGAAAAAGUGGGAGGUGCAACGAUAAGAACUGAGUGCAAAACGUCCUGGAAUCAGCGACAAAAUGAAGUGCUACUGACAGAUGGGGGUACACUUCCGUGCAAGAAGGUCAUACACGCGGUGUGUCCAAAUGCAAAUGUCAUGAAAGGGAGGGUGCUGGAGUGUUUGCUACGGGCUGAAGGGAGAGGACUUGCAUCAGUAUCCUUCCCGGCCAUCGGUACAGGCGGAUUUGGUGUAAGUGUUGCGGAUGCUGCGAGGGAAACAAUCCUAGGGAUUAGAGAUUUCGCCAUCACACACAGCCCUAGCAAAGUGAAGCUUGUAAGAGUGACAGUUUUUCAACAACAAAUGGUUGCAGAAUUUCAGCAAGCGUUGAAAGCUUCCCUGCCAAAAGCACCGAUUGCUCCAGUACCAAAACCAUCGAUUGUGCCAGUGGCCCCAGCACCUCCUGCUGCCAAAAUAUCACCAAAGUCAGACGUGGAACAAGCCUUUGAGGUGAAAUUCUAUGCCUGCAAUAAAAGAGACAUGGACAACGCCAAACAAGAAGUUUCUCAAACCAUCGACAGCUACAUGACAAGGGGAUGUGUGGAUGACGACCGCCUUAAAGCGACCAUACGGCACUUGGAAGAAAAUGAGAAGGACAGCAUUAUCCAAAUGGGGGCAGACAACCUUGCUCUUGUGACAAUUACAGGUCAUAAUAUUGAAAUGGUAGGACUAAAAGAUGAUGUUGCUGAGGUGCGAAGGAUAAUUGAGAGUUUUCUGCGAGAGAAGCUAGCAGCUUAUGAACUAGAGAAAUUGGAGAAACACAUCAUCAAGGUCCCUGACUACUGGGCACCACACCCAACGGGAAUCACGGGCGCCUACAUGUACAAACUUGAUGCAUCGUCACCGGAGUACCAGGACGUGGAGAGAAGCUUCCUCUCCAGUGUCGGCUAUCAGCCUCAGAUUGUAUCCAUAUCCCGGGUACAAAAUGAGGCAAAGUAUAAAGCUUACAUAUCGGAGUUGCAGGAGAGGAGGAAAACGUGUCCUAGAAGUAAAAUCGAAGAGCUCCUGUAUCACGGAACGGCAGAAGAGGUGGUGGACAACAUAAAUCAAGGUGGAUUCAACAGGAGCUACUGUGGGAAAAAUGCUACAGCCUAUGGGAAGGGUGUGUACUUCGCCAAAAGCGCCAGCUACUCAGCACAAGCCACGUACUCCCCACCAGACACGCAAGGCAACAAGUACAUCUACCAAGCGAGAGUCAUCGUGGGAGAGUACACGACGGGAAGGCAUGGUAUGCUGGAACCGCCGGCGAAGAAUCCGGCAAAUGCAGUAGUUCGCUUUGACUCCGUCGUGGACAACAUGAACAAUCCAAGCAUUUUUGUUGUGUUUCAUGACAAUGAUGCAUAUCCAGAGUACCUCAUUGUGUUUAAGUAGUUGACGCUUUGCCAUUGAUGUAUAAACAAUAGUAUUGAUUUGGCGUACCUCUAUCAUGCAAGGAAGUAAAAUUUUACUGGAGUUUGCUAAGUGUUUCAUUUGCUUGCAUUGAAAUAAUAUUACAUAUACGAGUACGUAGUCAUAUCGAUGUCAAUGAACGCAUGUCAUUUGAUGUUUCAUAUAUUACUUAAUGGGUAGUUCUUACAAUUGGAAAUAUUGAAUUCUUUUGUAUUUCCCAGUCAUGUCUUCUUAUCCAAUGAAGUGUAGAUAAAAACAAUGGAAAAAUACAUGAAUGUAAAAAAAAUGAUUGUAUUGGUGUAGCAAACAUUUGAACAUAUUUGGUUUGAGCUGAGUAUGGAUUUCUUUGACGUAUACAUAUGGUUACCUUCAACAUAUGUUGGGAAUGUUGUCCCUACAAAUCCGUAUUCCUGCUCUGUAACUUUGCAUGAUAACACCUUAACCUAAAAUGUCUGCUACCGCGAUCGUUCUUGAUUUAUGAAAAGGAAGUACAAUUGUUUAAGUUAAAGCACCAAACGACAUACAAAGCAAACUGGUAUUACUGCAUAAGUUUAUAGGUCAAGGCGUUCAAGAAACUUUCUUCCAGCCUGUCUGAAUUAAACAUAUUGUAAAUUU